AUGAGAGAUUACAAGAUUGUAGUUCUUGGUGCCGGUGGUGUAGGAAAGUCUUCCAUAACCGUGCAAUUUGUACAGGGAGUGUACAUUGAAAGCUAUGACCCAACCAUUGAGGAUUCUUAUAGGAAGCAGAUAGAAGUUGACGGUCGUGCUUGUGACUUGGAAAUAUUGGAUACUGCCGGGGUGGCGCAAUUCACCGCAAUGAGAGAGUUGUAUAUCAAGAGUGGGAAAGGGUUCUUGUUGGUGUACUCAGUCACAGAUGAAAACUCGUUGAAGGAGCUUUUAGCAUUGCGUGAGCAAGUUUUAAGAAUCAAGGACAGCGACAACGUCCCCAUGGUGUUGAUUGGAAACAAAUGCGACUUGGAAGAGGAUAGAGUGUUAAGCAUAGAGGAUGGAGUGAAGGUGAGUCAAGAUUGGGGGUUGGUACCAUUCUAUGAAACGAGCGCCAUGUACAAGACAAAUGUAGAUGAGGCGUUUAUCGACGUGGUGAGGCAGAUAAUGAGAAAGGAAGCAGCAAUCAGCGCUGAGAAGAAGCAGCAAAAGGAGAAGCAAAAAGCGGAGCAACCAGUCGUAUCACAGCAGCCUGUAGCUGGGCAGCAAAAGACGGUGGAAGCACAGAAUGCAAGGGAGAAACAAUCUGUCAAAGAGGGUAAGAGUAGCUCAGGUAGCAAAUGUUGUACAAUAAUGUAA